CAAAGAUAGACAGUAAACAAUAUCAAUAUUACCAUGUACAUACAUAAUCAGAUUAGAACCUUGUCAAACGACCUUUUCGCCUGCUUACCAUAACAAUACUCUAACAGAUAUGGUAUAAAUGCAUCUUAGCUUUAUCUUCUGUUCUUUCUGCGAUAUUGUCUCAGGAGUUAGCUUCCGUGACUGGCAAGAUUAAGUAAAUAAAUCGCAAAUUGGAUAUACAUCAUAAAAAUAGCGGCAUUACCAGGAUUAAUUUCAUUCGGGAUUAUCCAAGCUGAACAUACUCAGGAAUAAUCAGGGCUGGGAUUAAUAUUUAUCAUGAACCGUUCAGUGACCUUGUUACUAUUCACUGUUAUAAUAUGCUGUACAAUAGAACAUAGUUACACACAGCUAGCAAGUGCCAAAGGCAAAGGUAAAGGUCCAGGCUGGGGAUUUGAGCCGGGUGACUUCUUCUUUAACAAGCAUGAUCAGGGAUUUAGAGACAAGUAUCCAGGAAGUGGGACUAUCAAACAUGUCACCAACUGUCUCUAUAUGACUGUAAACUGGUUUGAUUGGGGUAUGAAAGAAAGCAUCCUUCAAAACUUGGAGAACUGCAAGGUUGCUGUUCAAUCUGCAAAGGCAUUCUUCACGACCGACCAAAAUGUAGUGGCUAAUAAAAUCUUGAACAAACUGGAAAAACUUUUGUUUCGUGACCUGAAUUUCACGAUCACUACUGACGUGCGUGUAGUGAAAGAACUGGAGGAGAAGAAAAGUGAUUUUCUUAAUAUUCAUGAAGAACUCAGUAAUACUAACACAGAUUUGGAAACUUUUACGUUCCUGAACGCAUGUCUGUCAAUUCUUAACAAAAAGUUAAAGAACAACGAUUACAAUUCUUACCAACAAUACUUUGGAACGUGUAAGGACCUCCUCGAGGACUCGGAGAGCAGCGCUGAUGAGGAGCUAAAAAGUAUGUUACAAUACUUGACGGAAAUACUCUUGCAAAUAAAUAAUCUCAUAACACUGGCCAGUCAAAGCGUUGAAGAAGGUGACAGGAUUAUUGAGAAUCUUGAGAUAAAAUGGGAAGAGUUGAUAUCAGCAGUUGAAUUAGAAGGCUGCGAGGCAGAUCUUGUAGAAUGUGAACAGGAUACAUGUGAAAACAAAAAAUGUCUUCAGCCAAGGGGUGCACGUUGUGUGAUGACAAGAUGCGGACAAUGUAAAAGCAGAUGGUUGCGAAAACUAAAGGAAGUCGAAUGUGAGGAAGUUGUAGAAGUAGAAGAAGAGGAUGGUUCUGGGGAUGUAUAGUUAAAACAAUAUGUAGAGAUUGCCGAUAGAUCUAGACUUACCUCGCUCAUUCCUGUAGAAAGAAAAGUACAUUCGCGCAGCAAAAAUACAUGUAUUUGAAAGUAUAUACAUUUUAAUGUAAAAUAAUCCUGCAUUUUAAUGGAAAUAAAAUUACAAAUCGUGUACCAGACAAUGAACUGGUGCAUCGUUCAGGUAGAUGGACUAAAUUUAAUUGUUUAUAUCAUAUUGUUGUGUUUUUCUUUUAUUAAAUAUACUAAACACGACUACAAUCUUUGUUAUACUGUGCAGGUCAAAAACGUUCACAUUUCUAUUUC